AUCAAACGCACCUAUCAAAAGAAACAAAUAAACAAGCUUGACUUUUUCAAUCGAUAAUCUCUGUCAUUAAAUUGUUCAAAAGUGUUUUUCAAUUAAUUGAUAAAUGCUCAAUUUUUAACGAGUUUUCGUACAACGAAUACCUCGCCACGGAUGCUUCGUAAAAAUUGCCAUUUUUCUAAAAGUAAGGAGAAGAGCGCGGUGAGCUUAGCGCGACUCGCGCGGUCCCGGCCAGUUUCGUGCAUCCAACAUGGCUGGUCGAAGUGUUCACGAUGAUCCGAGAGAUUACAAAGGAGGCGGAUUCCGCACCAAUAGCAGAAAACCAUUGCCAGCGGAGCCUCCUUACACGGCAUAUGUCGGCAAUUUACCAGAUGGUGUGGUUCAGCGCGAUAUCGAUAAAAUAUUCGAAAAACAGAAAGUAAAGAAUGUCAGAUUAGUGAAAGAUCGAGAGACCGACAGGUUUAAAGGUUUCUGUUAUGUGGAGUUCGAAGAAAUAGACGAUUUGAUGGGUGCUCUUGAGCUCAAUAGCUUCGUCAUGGUAAAUGGAUACCAAAUAAAAAUCGAUGUAGCAGAGGGUAAAAGAAAUGACCGAGGUGGUGGUUUUGACAGAAGGGGAGGUCGUGGUGGCCCCGGCGGUGGUGAUCGUGGAUAUGGGGGGGUAGGAGGCGGCCCAGGAGGUGGCAGCGGCUACGGCGAUAGACGACCCCAGGGUGGAAGAAUGAAUAGUGGAAGACCAGGAGGUCCGAGUUACAAUGAUGCUCGUACUAAUCGUGGUAAUUACGGUAGUUUCAACGAGGAUGUGGGCGGUGGAUCAGGUAGAGAAUGGGGAUCGCGCGGUGGCGGUGGAUCGGGAGGUCCGAGAUCUCAGGGCGGACCUCGCCCUAAUCGGGAUGGGGAAAGGAAAAGUUAUCAAGAUUCAUACCCCAAGGAACCACCUCCAGAUACAACUGGUCGUAAGCGAUUGGUGAUGUUAAAAAGAACAGUGCCGACGCCGAUAAACUCAAUAGCUGAGUCAAGCAAGUCAAGUUCGAUUUACGGGGGUGCAAAGCCCCGGGAAGAGAAUUUGAGGCCUGAGGAGGACAAAUAAAAGUUAUGUAACACACGUCUCAUCAUAAUGAAUAGUUUUUAUUUUCCCCCCUCCCCAUCGCGGAAGAGGGGAAAGAAUUUUGGGAAGAGAUUUUUUUACGAAGGAAACAUCAUUGGUUAAAAGAACAUAAAGAAGAAAAGUAGAAGGUGCUCGGAAGAUUUUUCAAAUUCAAUCAGGAGAAAUCUCUUUUGCGAUUGAGGUUUCUGAAGAAGAAAAAAGAAACAAUGCAUUCGUGUUGAUAAGAUCGUUAAAGCCAGCAUGAACGUUUUUUUUAUCCACUUCAAUAAUUUUCUGCUCCGAGGGAAGUUCGAAAUAACGAAAAAAAAGAAAGAAAAAAACAAGGAAAAGAAAAUUGAUCCACUCACAAUCGUUUAAGAAUUUUUCUCACCGAUUAAUGUGCAUCGAGAUAUUUCGGUGACUGCAAUCUGAACUUGUAAUUUUCUAUUCCAUUUUCCUCCACCUCAUUCGCCACUAAUAUUAUAAAUUAUCGUUGCAGUAUCUUUUUCGUUUUCCUCUUUGACUAACAAGAGAUACUUGAAAUCAUAAGAAUUAAUAAUUAUUUUUUUCUCCCUCCUUCCUAUUCCAUGUCCUUCAUCCUUCGUCCUCCGACUCGUAAAUUAUCCAGUGCGUAUACAAUGAAUGUUUGAAUGUGAUUAAUUAAUAUUUGAUAUAAGAGGAAGAAGCAAAAAACAACAAUAAACCAAAACAAAUAUGAUUAUGAAGACUCUUUGGAACAGAAGAUACGAGUUUCGAAUGAAUUAUACCGAUUUAUUAAUAUCCGAUUGUCGAGUCGGCAUAUUAAAAAUAUCCAUUAUUUCAUUUAUAAUUAAUUGUAAUUCCGCAAUAAGAAUGAAACUGAAAAAAAAUGUAGCACUAGCUACCAAUCCGGAAACGAAGCGAGUGUCUAAAUGCGAGAAAGAUUUUUACAGAAUUGAACGAGAACGCUUAUGGAUCUCGUGAAUUAAUUAUACAUAAUUAUUAAUUAAUUAAAUAAUACCUCCAAUGGAAACUGCGUCAUUGACAAAAAUUACUGUGCAUUAUCGCGCUGUUGUUAACGUGCGACGACCAGAGACGAUAUAGAUACAGAUUAUGAAUGAAAAUAAUGAAAUUUAACAAAAAAAAAAUUAAUAAAAUGAAAAUGAAAGAAGCGAAAGAAAGAGAGAGAGAGAGAGAUCGAUGAGAAAAACCAUGUAAAACCGAUGCUUGUAUAUGUAUUUUGUUUCAUGAUAAAUAAAGUAGAUGUUUGCUUCGAAA